AUGGCUUUGCCCACUGCUCCAAUCGUGCUGACCGCACCAACGGAAGCCGUGCGUGCCGGAUCCGCGCUGCAUGCCACACGAACCACGCGCUCCACGAUCGUCGACCGCGCGCGACACGAUCAGCGCACGUGGCGCAGCGGCUUGACCGCCGUGGCAGCUGCAGUGGCGGCCACACGCCCGCAGCGCAGCACAGCGAGUGGGCGCGACUACGGCGAACGCGGCGCGCAAAGGAGAUUGAGGGGGCCCAGGGCCUUGCAGCAAGCGGUGGACUUGCUGGUGAAAGAGUUGGAGAUGGAUGAGAGGGCGGCCAUGCGCAUUGUCAAGGACAUCCGGACCUUUGUGGUGGCCCGCGAGGGCGAGGAUGCCACGGGCAGCCGCAGCAUGGCUUGGGCGAAGCGCUUGUGCCGUGGCUUGAAGAUGCACGAGGGCCUUGAGCCAUUGCUGCAGAAAGUUGGAGGAGUGGAGCAGGUCUUGUUGGACCUGGAAGCCAGAAGCAACAAGCACGGGGAGGUCUUUCGGGACAUCACCCGACAGCACCAAGCUCUCCGUGAUGGGGAGGCGGUCGACAUGGAGGACUAUGGCAAAGCGGCUGAGUAUAUGGCUCAGGAAUGGUGGGUUCGUGCCUCUGCCGAGCGGAUCAUCGACCGUAUCGACCAGUACUUCUUGCUGAGCGGCGAGCAGGUCCGGAAGGGGCAUCCUCCAUGGGCCUAUUCCAACGACAAGAAUAGCGUGCCCAAAGGCUGGAAGCAGUACGAAGUCCAAGGCAGGCGUCUUUUCUGGAACCCUGAGACGAUGCGCAUGCAAACCAAGGCGCCCCCCGGCUAUGAUGCGGACGAGCCCCCGCGAGAGCCCCCUGCGGCUCGCGAGCCACCGCUGAAGUUACUGGACAUUGGCAGCAGUGUCAAUCGCUUUCAAGAUUGGCCUUUCUUCGUUGAGGCGCACGCCCUGGACUUGCAACCGCAGGCAGAGGAGGUCCUACAGGCGGACUUCUUUGAGGUCCCAAUCCUCGAGGACCCGGACCUGGGCCUUGAGCUUUCCCACGCAGUACGCUGCGAUGAUCUCAAUGCUGCAGCCGGUGUGGCCCAAAAGUUGGUGGUCUUUGGCAAGAACAGCGACCGCCCCCGGCGCGAGCCGCAGAGUGUGCGGCGCUACGAGCGACAAAGACAUGAGCCGGGCAGCGUGCUGAAGUGUACUUACAUUGAGAUCCCACAGGUGCCCGAGACGCACGCAGUUCUCCUCUCUCAGAUCGACUGGAUGUGGGGCGCGGAGAUGGGUGCGAACGAGCGUGGCGUGGUCUGUGGCAAUGAGGCUGUGUGGACAGUGGAGGAUGACAGUGGGCCAGCGGCCCUGCUUGGUAUGGACCUCUUGCGCUUGGGCCUAGAACGCGGGGCCACCGCACGAGAGGCCUUGCAGGUGAUCACCUCGCUACUGGAGCAGCAUGGCCAGGGCGGCGCAUGUGCAGAGGGUGACCCGUCCUUUACUUAUCACAACAGCUUUUUGAUCAGCGACGCUUGGGAGUCCUGGAUCCUGGAGACCGCUGGGCGCCAGUGGGUCGCGCAGCGCUGGACCGAGGGCUCCCGAAAUAUCUCCAAUGGAUUGACCAUUGGAAGUAAUUUCGACCUCAUGUCUGAUGGGCUUUUGGAACAUGCCCGAGAGCGAAAGCUUUGGGAUGGCUCCGGCGACUUCCACUGGGCGCGCGCCUUCUCCAGUGGUGGGAUUGACCUGUCUCCCCACAGUCGGCAAGCCUGCGGUGGCCAGCUGAUGCAGCAACAUGCGAAGCGAUGCACAUUGGAUGGUCCUGCGAUGAUGGCGAUUCUCCGGGAUCACGACGGUGGGAUCUGCAUGCACGGCGCUUUUGAAACCACCUCCGCCAUGGUCAGCGAGCUGCGGCGGCCCGCAGACGCUGCGGACAACCGCGCCCAGCUCGCCGUGGCGACGCAUUGGUUCACAGGGAAGCCGCAUCCUUGCAAGUGCGAGUUCAUUGAGCAAAGCUUCUGA